GAGUGAGACAGAGAGUGAGAGAGAGAGAGAGAGAGAGAGAGAGAGAGAGAGAGAGAGAGAGAGAGAGAGAGAGAGAGAGAGAGAGAGAGAGAGAGAGAGAGAGUGUCCCGUGCAGCGCUAGUGACGUCGGGACGGACGAGCCGAGUUGCGAAACGACCGCCGGAGAAAAGCUAAGGCGGAGAAAUCCUGACCUGUCCCCCGACUGCUCGCUCGCCAGUCUAACGCCCGCGCGACUGGAUCUCGCUUGCGAUUUUGAGAAGAUUUCGCGAGUUUUGGUUUCGGCCGAGCCGUCCGGCGGACCGGAGCGGAAUAUCGAGGAUCUUCCUUUUAAAAGGCAAAACAAAACAUCUAGCUCACAUAGUUAGGAGAUGCAUCGGUGUACAGUAGCGUUACUUUUGUUACUCGUGGCGUUGUACUUCCUGAGCGCAGAAGCCUACAAGUGCAGGUGCAACAGGAAAGGGCCGAAGAUCAGAUACAAGGACGUUCAGAAGCUGGAGAUCAAACCCAAACACCCCUUCUGCCAAGAAAAGAUGAUUUUCGUGACGAUGGAGAAUGUGUCCCGGUUCAAAGGGCAGGAGUACUGCCUCCAUCCCAAGCUCCAGAGCACCAAGAACCUGGUUAAAUGGUUUCGCAUCUGGAAGGACAAGCACAGAGUGUACGAGGCCUAGAACUUACCUGAGGAUCAAAUGAGGAAAAAAGAUGACAUCAUCAGAACCUUUUUUUUUUCUUGUGAAGUACAUGACGUAAUUUACAGUCAAACAGUACUUCCUCCUCUUCUGCUUGAGAUCUGUCAACGCACAUUAAAAUAUAUCUGUAGUACAUACGAGCUGGUGGCCAUUUUAUAGUUGACCAUUGAGCUAGUUACUAUCACUCACCACUCCAAUCAUUACAAUGGUAGUUACUCAUCAUAUAGUGGAUGGGAUGCCAUGGUCUCUGUGUUCAAAAAAUGCAAGGUCUGUUCAAUUCAGAUUUAAAGGAUAUUUGCUUUUUCCUUUGUAUUUCCAUGCUGUCCGAGCGAUGAGGCAUACAUGAAAUGUAGAACAAUAGGACAAAAUAUCUUAUAUAUAAAAAUACAGUGUUGUUUCACUUUCAAGAUUAUUGCUUUUUUUGUAAUCGUUAUGACAGUUUUAAUAUUUGUACAAUGCCAGUAUCUAAGAUUUGCUUACCUGUACUUAAGAGGUAGUAGCUGACAUGGGGUGAUAUAAGUCUGUGAGGGAGUUGAUUCUCUGGACGUGCAGGGUAGACAUCAGCCAGCUCUGGACGAUUCUCCGAAUCAACCCGAGAGUCCAGAGUCCAGAAACACGCAAUAUAGAGGUCACAUUUUGUUCUCCUUAUUGUUCCAUCAAAUAUGGGAGAUCUACCACUGUGUGUGUGUGUGUGUGUGUGUGUGUGUGUGUGUGUGUGCGUGCGUGUGUGCGUGUGUGCGUGUGUGUGCGUGUGUGUGUGUGUGUGUGUGUGUGUGUGUGUGUUGUGGUUCAUAGGGUCGCCUGAUAUAUAAACAAACACAAACACUAACCAUUCACCCCAGUUCCCAGCUCACCCCUCUUAGCAAAGCUGUGUCACAUGCAUACUGCAGGGGAUCGUUUAGACAGAUAAAAGGCAUAGAUAUGAUAAGUGCCACACCUAUGAACAGUCUUCGGGUCGAAGGUUGUUUCAAACACUAAGAUGUGAUUUUAACAUGAUAGGCAUGACAUUCUACAGCGAUUAACUGUCGAGAAAAUAAAUAAGAAAAACAGUAGAAACCAUACAGGUUGAAUUAUUAGAAUCAAUUACUCUGAUUAAAAACACUUGGAAGAUUUUUGUAGAGACAUUGGAGUGGUUUCUGUUGAAUGUUUUUUUUUUUAUGUGUGUGGGGGGGUAAGUAAUGUUUCAAGGUACAAGACUGUAAAAGCUGAUAAUGUAUGCAUGGGAAACUGAAUCUCAUUGCUCUUAAUCAGACAUCCUGCUCACUUCUCACAAACCGAGCUAUGCUCCUUUCUUUGGCCCAGUUAUUAGAAUUACAAGGCAGGCGCUUAAGAUGAACUGAAACAUUUUGACCUUAUUUAUCACUUCUCUGUCCAGAGGCUUGCGUUGUUGUUGAUGCACAGCAAUGUUUCAUGACUUUAACUCCCCCGCAGUGCAAACACACCGAAUCAUAUUGUCAAACAUGUUUGAUUUUGUGCACUGUGGAUACAAAUUGUUAUAAUGAUGGCUGGGCAUCGUUCUUCCUUUUUGUCACCAAACAGAAUUCAAACAAACACACACACAAACACACACACACACACACACACACACACACACACACACACACACACACACACACACGUAUAUAUAUAUAUAUAUAUAUAUAUAUAUAUAUAAAACACCACAUUUUAUUGUACUUUAUGAAGAAUGUGCAUUACUCUUGUUUUGUAUCUUUUAAGUAAAUAUAUAAAUAAACAUUUUGUAAAUAGACCAAUAUAGCCUGUAUGCUAGUGAGAAUGAAUUCAUUUUAAGACUCUUUAGUGCACUGUAUAUUGUAUUACAUAGUGGUUUUGCUAUUUAAAUGUUGCUUUGGUAAUUGAGACUUGGAGGGUGAGUGUUUGAACACUCAGUAAAACAUUCCAUGAGUGUAAAACAGUGAGCACAGCAAUAAACUGUCUAGAAUA